AUGGACAAAGAUUGCGAUAUGGUAUAUAAGAACAUCUCUGACAUAUACAAAUCUGGGGAGUUUAAGACCUACGACAACUUUGUUUCGUUAGUUGCUGAAUGUGUAUGGCAGAUAAGAGAUAAAGAUAAAAGAGGUAAAGUAUGGAACGAACAGAUAAAACCCGCAACUUUUGAGUUAAAGAGAGCAAUUGACGCCUUAGUCAUACUAGCAGGUAAGGUUUCAGAAUAUAACGCAAAAAUGAACCCACAAUGUUCUAAAUGUAAAGCAGCAAUGAGGAAAUAUAACUACUCCGUCAAAGAGAUAGAACGUAUGAGAAACGACUAUGCUGACUUAAAGAAAGAAGUAGAGAAACCAGCAGAAGAUAAAAUGGACAUGUUGACAUUUCUGAACAAAAACUAUCCAACAGCUGACGAUUUCCUUCUUUCAGAUGUCAAGAAGAAAUAUAAAGAAACCUUCGGCAUAGUUAAAACAUUCGAUGUACUGACAGAAGAAAUAGAAGCUACGAAAUUGUUUAGAAUUUCACGAAUUCACAAUGUUUACCAUGUAAAACGCUUAUAA